UCAACCCGUCCGUUUUAAACAACAUUCGGGGUUGGCAAAGAAAUGCACAAGGAGAUGGUGUCGAGAAAGUUUAUCAAAUAUAAUUAUGUCUAUUAUCACUAAUUGCACGUAAAACCAACGUCGCCUCUGUUUUGUUAACUCCACACAUAACCAUAUAUGUAGACGUAACGCAGCUCCGAUCAUCCUGUAAAUAGUAGUUUUAGUUUACUUCAAGAAAAUGUACAGUCAAUAUGGAAACAAUAACAUUUGCGAUCUCGACGCGAUUACAGUGCAUGAUAUUGACUUCGAUAUCGGCUCGUCAAAUGCUUGUUAUGGUCAGUUUACCUAUGGAGAUUACUUGCAGGAACUGCAAGAAUUGGAGCAAGGACGAACGCCCAUGAAAAUCGAUCGGCAAUCCAUAACAAGAGACAUAUCAAAUUUACAUUGGGUGCAUAAUGUGGGUUUACCGGUCGACCAACAGCCCACUAGACAGCCGACCAUUUCCCUGAUGGUCGACCCAAAUACAAAUAUGCCGGUGCAAUUUUCCACCAACCGGACGAACAUUCAAACAAUGACACCGCAAAGUAUCGCGUAUAUGACCAUCCCGCAAUCAUUACCGCAGCAACAUCAAGCACAGACGCUCUAUCAGAGAGCAGAGAUGCACCAACAGAAUUUAAUGCACCAUCAAAAAUAUGUGCAUGAAAAAGGAAAGGAAAACGGAACGCCCGGACAAAAGGUUUUUCCGAAGCCUGUUUUUUCAUAUUCUUGUUUAAUAGCUAUGGCGUUACGAAAUAGCGAUCAUGGUAGUCUUCCGGUCAGUGAAAUAUACAAGUACAUGCAGUCUCGUUUCCCAUAUUUCAAAACAGCGCCCGAUGGAUGGAAAAAUUCUGUUCGACACAAUCUUUCUUUAAAUAAAGCGUUCUGUAAAUUAGAACGACCAGACGGCACUUCUCAGAGAAAAGGUUGUCUGUGGUCACUCAAACCUGAAAAGAAAGAUCAACUGCGAAGGGAAAUACGCAAAUGGAAAAAGAAGCAUCCUGAGGCGAUAAAAGCUAGCAUGGCUAACCCUGAUUCUUCUUUAGACGAGUUAAGUUUGUCCAGCGACUCCUUAGAUGACGAUUCAAUGGAUGAUACAAAAACACCGUCACCCGAACAUACCGUACCCGAGUCCACAAUGCCGGAACCGGCGCCAACUCCAACACCUAUCCCCAUGGAGGAAAUGAAAGUAGACAUAAAGGAGGAGCCGAUAGACGAAGUGGCGGUGGAAAACGCAGCCAAAGAACUGUUUGGUAACGACUUGUUGUUUAAUCAGGAUGACUUGCACGCUGAAGAAUUUUGGAACGACCUGAUUGACAGUAGCGAAAAUUCCCAACUCAUUGGUCUACACGAUCAAAAUAAGUUCCUCACAGACGAUUUGGUUGAAGUUGAAAGUUCAAUCAAGUUAGAAGGUUCGUCUCCUGCGACGAAUUUCUUUAGUUCAGCGGUGCAUCCUCCAACCUUAGCUGGUUUCUAAGCAACACGUAUUAAAUAGGAAGUAAGUCAGAAAGCUGAUUGGUUGAUCCAAUCAUUUUAUCAUGUCACUGGAUUCAUCUUGCAAGCAACACGCCACAGCUUCUCUCAAAUACGAUACAGAGCACACGGUGAUGGCAGUGUGAGCAAAAUUGAGGAUUCGGUUACAUGAAAUCAAACAAUAUGAUUUUAUUUACAUUUUUUAUUCUUUUUUAAAUUCUUUGUUACAUAUAAUUUUUAUUGCACUUUUUUAGAGUUUAUGUUUGUUUACUUCUUGGUAAAAUGUUGCUAUGGCAACGUAUUGUCACGUGUUUAAAGCACUAUGUAUGAUGUAUUGAAAGUUUUUUUUGUACGAAACCACGUGCGAAGUUGUUUUAAAGGAAACUAGGAACGAAUUUUGUUUUGUUAUUUGUGCAGCCAAAUUUGUUUUUAGAGUGUAUUAUGUUUAGCACAUGUCUUUUUCUGUUUAUUUCAAAUUUUGUUUUUUCUCUUCGUUGUAUGUGUGUGUUGUGGUGAUCAAGUGACUUGUAAAUGUCUUGUUUAACCAGUUUUUUAUAGCUUGCAUUUUUACAAUUCACGCGAUGAUAAACGAGUCAGCAUUAGAACGCACUGCAUAAUGAUAGAAAGCACUUUUUGUUUUUUGUAAAUAAAUUUUGUCAUAUUUACAUGUUUAUAUCGCGAUGUAAAUAACAUUUUUUUAAAAAAUAUUAGAAGUAUUUAUUUCGUGGAGCACAAGAAUUUUUUAGCUUAUGACAAUUUUUAAAUAUUAUUUGACGAGUGGAUGACCGUUAGUUUGUUCUUUUAAAAGAUGGCUUUUACUAGGAAAAAAGCAAAAAAAAGAGAGAUUAAGUUGAUUAUGUCACACAGUUCUAUACAAAGCUGAAGUAAUCCACAGUACCUAUGGCAUAUAACAGCACCAUGUAGUCCACACAUGAAUCAUUUUGUCCACAUGCAACAUGCUAAAAAUUUUAAAACGCACGUUAGAAAUGCUUCGGGUAACUGGACACCAAGUUGCUGUUAUACCGCUGUACAUAUUUAUUUAUUUUGUUAGAAAUGAUCAAUAGAAAAUUUUAUUUAUAAAUUUAUCUUUAUACCAUAUCAACCUAAUUUCCAGACCUUUUUUCUAUCCAUAUUUUAUGCAUAUUUUCAAUUUAAUACGAGGUCUGGUCUUUUAUAUAUUGUAUUUAUUAAAUUUUGACGAAACCUUAAAACAACCAAAAAAAUAAAAUUUAUAGCAA